CCGUAGGAAUGGUUCAAAAGCUCAAUGUCGCAUGUGCUGGCCUCGGCCGAAUGGGGGCGAGACACGCUCUGCACUUUCUGGAANAACGGACAUGUCUUGGUUGGAUGUGAACGAGCUGAUCUUCUGGAUAGAAACCCCUCGAGCGGAGUUGGUCGCUGUCUAUUGCCCCGCCGAGGCUGAAUCCGAGAUCGCAUGGUUCAAUAAACAUCUUGCUCCAUUCGGUGUAAAGUUAUACAACGAUUAUGAUGAGAUGCUCAAGCAUCCCAAGCUACAGGCUGUUGUAGUAGCAACUGUGACGACUGUCCAUGCAGAGCAAGCCAUCAAGGCAAUCGAGGCAGACAAGCAUGUGCUUUGCGAGAAGCCUUUGAGUACAAGUGUAGAAAUUUCACAGUCUGUAGUGGACGCUGCAAACAAANAACCUCACCUCAAGGUCAUGUGUGGCUUUUCUCGUCGAUUCGACGCUUCAUACCGCGAUGCAUGGAACAAGAUGGACAAUGGAUCGAUUGGACGAGCCUCUAUUUUCCGAUCUCAAACCUGCGAUAAGCUCGACCCUUCCGGAUUCUUCGUCCAGUACGCACAGUUCUCCGGCGGCAUCUUUGUCGAUUGCAACAUUCAUGAUAUUGAUCUCGCAUUGUGGUACUUCGGCCAGGAUAGUGUUGUCAAAAGCACAUAUGCAGUGGGGAUCACCGCUGUCCAGCCUGAUCUUCGCAAAUACAAGGACGUGGACAAUGGUGUCGGUGUUGUUGAGUUCUGGGGCGGUAAAAUCGCAUACUUCUAUAGCAGCAGGAUCAUGGCAGCUGGUCAGCAUGAUAUGACCGAGAUCAUUGGUACAGAUGGAAAGCUGACGGUGAACGCCAAUCCACUGGGAACCCUUGUCGAGAUGUCGGAAUCGACUGGUGUCAGAAGGGAGAUACCACCGCACUACUAUGGCCGUUUCGCCGAAGCUUUCGUCACAGAGGCUAACGAAUUCACUGCCGCCUGCUUGGAUAACAGCAAGCUGCCAUUCAAGCUUACCGGAGCUGUCCAGGCGGUUAAGAUUGGCUGUGCUCUGCAAGAAAGUUUGAUCAGUGGCAAGAAGAUCGAGUUUGACGAGACUGGAAGACGCAUUGAGAAGGCCGCCCUG